AUGCAUCGUUGCCUUCGUCUCAUAGAAGUUGUUGCUAUCAUAUGUCAAGAUCUGGAUGACAAGAAGUCUCUUGCAUGGCUUGCCCAAGUUAGCCAGAACCUGAAGGAACCCGCACUGGAUGCGCUUUACGCCGACAUCGAGAAUAUCGUCGACCUACUCAGAAGCUUUCCUUCCCACGUGUUGAGUCUAGAGGAGCAUCCACCUAAUAAACCUAUACUGCUUGCGAGGCAGCAGCCAGCUCGUGCGGACCGGGACAAGGUACUUUCGUACACAUCGAGAGUCAGAUGUCUCAACGAGCAGGUGUUUGGCUCCGAGUCGGCCGUACCCCCGCCAGAAACUGCUGAUGCUAUGUGCGAGUGGAUCCGCCCGACUUCGUUCCUGUUUCCAAAGCUACGUAAAGUGUGCAUAUCGCUUCAACACGUCGGCUACUACCACUUCGUCACGACAUUCAUCACUGGACCAUCCCUUCUUCACUUGGAGCUGGAUGAAUGCUACAAGCCGCUACUCUUUCGAUGCGCUCCGAAUCUAGCAUCCAUGUGCCCAUCUCUCGAAACUCUCAUUAUAACGUGCGACAUCCACCAGACUGAUGACGAGGACAACGUCAACAUUCAUAUCCCUGCUGCUCUCGAAAACCUACGCGGCUGGCCGAACUUGCGGAGCAUUAAUUAUGGCCCUCUUGACUGCGAUUCGCUGGUUUACCUGUCUCGCCUCCCGACACUGCGCUCUCUGACUAUACCUGUCACACGAUAUUCGUCUUGGAUCAACAGCCCUACAUGCGGCUACUUCGGCUCUCUGGACCAUCUCACGUUAAAAGUCGCCGAUUAUCAGGUUGGCGUGAUUGCGGUUAUGAAGUUAUUCUCGCGGUCCGAUGGCCUCAGAGCUCGGUUACGUAGCUUACGACUUCAUGUACUCAUGUGCCAAAGUGACGAGGUGCUAUUAAGCACUCCUUCACCCCUGGCUCCCAUCACAGCUGCUUUGGCGACCUAUCUCUGUCGCACCACGCUAAAGGAAUUCUUCGUCUCUCAGCACAACAGCCCGGACGUGGGAAUAGCCACUGCGUUUAUAGAUCACUUCCAGAGUCUCUUUCCGCUUACCUCCUUUACUGCCCUUACUCACCUCACGACCAGGGAUUACGGGAACGGGUGGGGCGACACCUUUCAGCUCACCGAAUCCAAGCUCCUGGAGCUCCUUCGGCACUGGCCGGCUCUCGAGAUCAUUGACUGCGCUACACAGAGCAUAUCUCUCAGUGGUAUUAUUGCUAUCCUUCGUCUCUGCCCCCGAAUACGCUCCGUCAUGGUCUCUGCUACAUUUUGCUUGGACGACGUCUUAGAAUAUCUCUUCGGCGAGGAAUGGUCACCAGGAAUGCCUCUCACUUUCAUCGAUAUUCCGUGCCACAAUACCUCACUAACCGACGCGAAAUUGAAGUUCCAGCCGCACGACGUGGUCUCGCCUGGGGCUGUGCAAACUGUGGCGAUAUUUUUCUCUAGAGUUGCUCCCAACUUAGCACCGUCUGUCCGCUGUGGAUCAUUGGCAUACACUGUCCAACAAGAUUUCUGGGAUGCUGUCUAUGCUGUUAUGGCCCCUUUACGUUCGGGAUUAUGGGACGGGUUUCACAAUGCGCUCCUUCCGUUGACCCAGACUUUAUAUCUACGCUUCUGCUGUUGUAAACGUUGUCACAAUUUUGAAGAAUGCCUCAUGACCAAUCUUAGAUGCUCCCGUUGUCUCUGA